CGCUACUACUACACGGCCAGUCCCUCAGCCUCUCUUCCCACAGCUCCAGGAAACACACCACUACAUUUUCCCACACGACUACCCUACGCCCCCAGAGUCGCGCCGCCAGGGCGCAGCGUUUCGCAACCUGCCGCCUUGUCAAGCAAGGCCUGACAUCAUCGCAACCGACAACCCCGCAUUCACACUUCCAGCCAGAGAGCUCGGCCAGCACACUGCGCCUGCCUGCCUACCAUGGCCGCCCUCAAGUUUGCGCCCUUCGCCUCCGAGAUCGAGCUGCCCUUCUACUCGGCCCUCUUCGCUCUCAAGCUCGACCAUGACAAGCUCAGCGACUCGGCCAGGCCCGUCCUCGGCGUCUACGAGCCCCGCCCCGGCUCUACUCCCGACGACAGCGUCCGCAUGCAGGUCCUCGCCAGCGCCCUCUCGAGCAACCAUGUUCCGCACAACGCCGUCCGCGCCGAGGGCGUCAUCCGCAACACAAACACGCUCGAUGCCUUCAAGCAGGUCGACAAGACCGAGAUGAUCCAGAAUGCGGCCCGGCAAAUCUGGGAUGCAAUCAAGGACGGCACCAUCUACUCGGUCCCCUCGCUUCUCUCUCACUACAUUAUCCUCUCGUAUGCCGACCUCAAGAAAUAUCGCAUGACGUACUGGUUUGGCUUUCCGACGCUGCACUCGGAUCCUCAAUGGAAACGCACGAGCGACAUCCUCCGACUCAACCCGAGCGAGAGCACGGCUCUGGUAGACCGUGUGGGGACGUGGCGGUACACGGUCGACAACAGGGAGCACGGCUUCUUCCUGGCCAAGAAGGUGCGCAACACCGAGCCCGAGGUCCGGCGGUCGUCGAUCGAUACACCCACAGAGGAUAUAGGCUACACAUGGGAGGUUGCGUCCCUGCGCGACUUUGAGUCUGGCUUUUUCAAUGAAGUCCCGGCAGAGGACCAGUUCGUGUGCUUCGUCGACCCGUCGUCAUACGAAGAGCACCCUGCUUGGCCGCUACGAAACCUGCUGGUUUUGAUCAGGCAGCGGUUCCACCUGUCCAAGGUUCAGAUCAUGUGCUACAGAGACAUCCAGUCACGCAGGCACGAGGCGCGCAGCAUUAUAUUGCCCCUUUCGAUGGAUUCCGUGUCAGACUUUGAGACAAACGAAAUGCCCAAGGUCACAGGCUGGGAACGGAAUGCUGCUGGAAAGCUGAUGGCGAGGUCUGUCAGCUUGGCCGAGUCCAUGGACCCUGCGCGGCUGGCUGACCAGUCGGUUGAUCUCAACCUCAAACUCAUGAAGUGGAGGAUAUCCCCGAAUCUGGACCUCGACGUGAUCAAGAACACAAAAUGUCUCUUGCUGGGUGCAGGGACCCUGGGCAGCUAUGUGUCGCGGAACCUAAUGGGGUGGGGAGUGCGGAAGAUCACAUUUAUUGACUACGGGGCCGUAUCCUUCUCGAACCCCGUGCGGCAACCACUAUUCACAUUCAACGACUGCCUCAACGGAGGCGCACCGAAAGCGAAACGAGCCGCCGAGGUACUGAAAGAGAUCUACCCUGGCGUGGAGAGUGAGGGCCAUGUGCUCUCAGUGCCGAUGCUGGGUCACGCCGUGACCGACAAGACCGAGGCCGACUUCCAGCACCUCCAGAAGCUCAUCGAAGAGCACGACGCCAUCUUCUUGCUCAUGGACAGCAGAGAGUCGAGGUGGCUGCCAACAAUUAUGGGCAAGGCGGCGGGCAAGAUUGUCAUGAACGCUGCAUUGGGCUUCGACACGUACGUGGUCAUGAGGCACGGGGCGGAGCCCAAGGAUGGGAGUGACGACACGCUUGGCUGCUACUUCUGCAACGACGUUGUGGCUCCAGGAGACUCCCAAAAAGACCUCACACUCGACCAGCAGUGCACAGUAACACGACCUGGGAUUGCCGCGAUUGCCUCAGCCUUGCUCGUCGAGCUUCUUACCAGCCUCCUGCAGCAUCCAGACGGCCCUCAUGCCCCUGCUCCAGCUACGACAGGCGCAGAUGGUGCCGGUCUAAACCCUGGUGAUGAGCAGGCACUCGGCAUCGUACCGCACCAGAUCCGUGGGUUUCUCGGAAGAUUUCAGAACAUCAACGUCAAGGGCCACUCCUACCCGUGUUGCAGCGCCUGUAGCAAGCCGAUCCUCUCCGCAUACAGGAACGACGGGUGGAGUUUUGUCAAGCGGGCACUGGACGACAAGGAGUACAUUGCCGAGCUCAGUGGCCUCGCCGAAGUACAGAGGCAGGCGGAAGCCAUGGCCGAUGAUGUCGACUGGGACGAAGGCGAUGAGCUUGACGGCGGGGGUGACGAAGAAGCGGUCAUGCUUUGAGCUGUGCUUUUUGGAAAGAAAUUGUCCCACAAUGGCUUUCACAGUGCAUCUCUGUAUGACUAGUUUUUUUUUCUUUUUCGGGGAAAUUUUCAAUGCCUCCGAAUCCGCAAGGGCGAAAUUGGCUUCAUCAUUUGGCGUUUGUUGGUCGGCGUUCGACUGAGUCUCUGGCGCUGGGAAAUAGUUCUUUCUGUGGUAGCAAUCCGUCUUCUUGUGUUGUUCUCGAGCAUAAAACAAGAACAACCAAAAAAAACACACAAUCAGAACACAAUCAAACAGUCAAAGAUUCCUUCACUACGCACCACUUUUUCUUGUGAUUAGGUUAGAAAUCUACAAAGGAAUAGAGACAGCUCUCUCUUUCCUCUCCCUGCUCCAGUGCUGAGCAGCACCUCGAGCACAGGAGAAAGCAGAACGGCCAAAGCAAAGGUCGCCGA